AUGGUGACAGACGUGCAGCUGGCAAUAUUUGCCAACAUGCUUGGCGUGUCUUUGUUCUUGUUGGUUGUGUUGUAUCAUUACGUCGCUGUCAACAACCCCAAGAAGCAGGAAUAGUUUCCGAGUAUACCUCCAGCAGACUGCAGAGGUAUGAGAUGAAAAUCCGUGCCACCAUCCUGGAGACAUUCCCUUCCUUCGAGCCCCAAUCCUCUCCCCAAAAAAUGAGUUUCUUUGUUCUUGUGCUUGUGAAGAAGUUUGUUUUUCUAAUAAAAUAUGCCUGAAUGUCA